AGCCCUUCAUCAGUCUUGGUGACGUUUCCAUAAAAGUGAAAAACUCGAGAGAGGGACGUUAAACAAGAUACAAUCAAUCUAUAUUUUGUCACAGGAAUUAAGUCCUCAAGUUUCAAAUAUAUAGUUUAUGUUCCAUGCAUUGUCUAUUGACCUGUUUACUGCAUAAUGAAAUGAUUAUAUGGUUAACGUUAUUAAAUAAAUAAUUAUAAAAAUUUCAAAAAUUGAAUUGUAUCCAGUACUAUAAGGAAAUGAUGUAUAAAAACAUUUUAUCUGAACUUCUUCACCAGUAUCACGAGUUAACUUUCUUCCAAUAUGUUGGAGAGACCAGUAAUUAUUGAUAUUUGCUUUGUAACCCUUAAUUGGCCUAAUUAUGGAGUGCCAAAUUAACAUGAACUGAAAUACAGAAGAUUUGAUGGAUUCUAAAUAGAUAUCUUCAGUUAUUUGAAGAUAUCAUUUAAUUCAUUUGAUGCGCACAGCAAUUCAAUAUUAGAGAUCUCUUCAAAUAAUAAACAAUAUCUUCAAUUCUGAAAGUCUAUGUGCAUUAAUUAAAUUAUUGAUAAUACAUGUAUCAUUAAUCGAUCAUUCUGUUGAACUACAAUUACUGAAGAGAGCAAUAAUUAAUUAAUUAAUGCAUGCAUGCAUCAAUUAAUGCUGGUAAUGCAUGAUUGAAUUAUUGCUCUCUAAUUCAACUGAAUAGUUUAGUGUGCAUCAAUUGAAUUAUUGCUCAUCUCUUCAACUGAAUUAAUGAGAUAAUUUAAUUCAAUUGAUGCACACAAGACUUCUUUUAGAGAGAGAAACUAUAUAUAAUACAAUAUAUCCACAAUUCAAUUAAUGAUCUUUCUAAUUUAAUUGUUACUUUCUUGAAAAGAAUUGGUGUGUGCAUUCAUUCCUUAUGCAAAAGCAUUGUAAAUAUAUAUAAUUAAAGAUAUCUUCUCAGUUGAAUUAUAGAGAACAUCAUUUAUAUCAAGCUCCAAAUUAAAUUUGCAAGCAUUGCUCUCAUCAAUUAAAUUAAUGUGCAUCAAAUGAAGUAUUGUUCCCAUCAAUUGAAAAUUGAUGAGCGCAUUGAUUCAAUUGAUGAAAGCAACGACUGAAUCAAUAUGUGCAAUAACUGAACUAAUGAUAUCUUCAAAUAAAAAAACUUAUAGAUAUCUUGAAAAUCAUCAUAUGAUGCUCCAUUAUAUUCAGGCUUCACUGAAAACUCUCUGUAAAUAUUAAAGUCAUAUAUAUAGGUCUAACCUGCAUCUGAUUCAGAACCCAUAUUUUCUGAUGUACACAUCAGCUCUAUAGAUGUUUGAAACAGAUCGAGUCCUUUUUUUUUUUUUUUGCAUGAAACACAAGUUAAUAAUACUGAACCUCCAGUGCUGAGGUCACCAUACUAAGAGUUUAAUUGUUAAUCAUGCACACCAUGUCAAUUAACAUUUCAAAAUCAAAAUGGUUAUCAGAAAAGUAAUUGAUAUCAAAAUUGCAUAGAGUUCAUAUUAAUCAUGAAGUGAAAAAAAAAUUAAUUAUGUAAAUACUAUAAUUCAAAAAAAAAACAACAAAACACCUGUGAAUGUAUAACUUUUAUAAUUUCCUCCACAAUUUCAUUAAGAAAACCCGACAUGAAGUGAAAAGAAAAAUAAUAAUGUAAAUUUAUACUAGCUAUAAUUUAAAAAAAAAAAAAUUAACUGUGCUUGAAUGUAUAACUUUUAUAAUUUCUUCCUUUCAUAAAGAAAAUCCGAGAACAAUCAAGACAUACCGUAAACAAGAUCUUUAAAUUCAGAUAAAAUUUACAAUUUUAGAUCAAAGAGCAAAUCUGAGGUUACAAUUUUUUUAAUGGCCAUUAAGAUUAGGGAAACCUGUGAACAUUAAAAUUUGCUUUAGAGAAGAUUAACUCUUUGAAGAAAUUAAAUGGUAUCAAAAUGACAUUAAUCAAACAAAAAUAUAGUUGAUAAGUCAAUCAUUAAAAUACAUUAAAAUAGAGUAUUAUUUCCCCCCUCUACAGCAGCCAUUUAUAAAGGUAAUACUGAACUUUCUCGUAAAUUAUCCUCUUAUUUACAGAGUUACGUUUCCUUUGAUAUAGUCCUUGCACCUCCAUAGAUGGCGCUAGUUGUUUAUUUUCAAUUUUAGUAAGUCUUCGCCAACGAGAAAAUGGAUACGCCGACACGCAAACGUAAGCGCGAAAUUCAAGAGGUGGGGAACGAUGAAUACAGUUUUGUGUUUGGAACUUGUGGUCUUAGUUUGAAGAGAAGGAAGAAAACGUUAAAAUCGACAUUGCCAUUUCCCAAAAGUACCAAACAACUUCCGAAACUCCCAGCUCGGUUUCAUCACCACGAUGCUCAGAUUGAUGUUGAAGACACUGAAAAUGUUUCUCCCGAAAACACAUUAUGGAGGCCACCAACAACUAUUGAUAAAUCAGUGUUUACCCCCCAACCUCUGCAAAGAAAUGACUCUGUUCGACACACUCUGCAGAGACGCGUGUCAAUGAAGGUAUUGAGGAAAAAGAUGAAGAAAUUCCAGGAUUACUCUCUACCAUACGACUCGAACUUUCAAUAUCUGAACCACCUAACCCUGGCCUACAAGAGCAGAUGUAGAACUUGCUCAGAUGACGGGGAUCAUGAUCUUCAGCAGAAGAUUGAUCAUGAAAUCAAGAUGCGGGAGGGGACCGCAAAACUGCUAGCGGCAUCCAAACACCCUGCCCAGAUGUUGGAGGCCGCGAAAAAUCUCCUCACAUCCAACACCCGUAUAAUGACAUACAUGUCGGAACUUCAGCGCCGCAAAACGGCAGAAGUACUCGGCAAAAAUACGUCAACUAUCGGGAACCAGUUACCAUGUAAAGCGAAAGUCAGCAUAUCUGAUAUCCGCAUUCCAUUGAUGUGGAAGGAUACCGACCAUUUCAAGAACAAGGGAGAUUACAGGCGUUAUGCUGUUUUCUGCUUGUUGAAGAUCGGGACGGAUAUUUUCGAGACGUCUAUGUUGAGCAAUGUGGAUCGCAGUAUGACAGAUCUGACUUUCGAUGAUAUUAUGGUUUUCAAUAAUGUCCCUCAUGAUUUCACGUGUCGAUUUGAGGUGUAUUGUCACAAACUGCAUGAGGAUCUAACUAUUGCUAGCACACCCAAGAAGCUUCGUAAGAAGAUCAACGAUUUGUCAGGGUCUGUCGGGCGCAGUGUGGGGAAACGCCUGUCCGGACUGAAUGACUCGGACAUCAUAGGAAAUAUGGUUCUAGGCCCCCGUUUCGAACUAAUGGCCAGUGGUACUCUAGAACUGAAAGAUAUCGGUGAUUCCAUUGGAAAUUUUGACCUCCAGUUGACCUCUGGUGCUGAUGUCACGACCUGUGAACUUCCAUUGUUUGGUGUGUUUUGUCUGAGACUGGCUUGUCAACCAGAGUGUCUGGUGGAGCCGGUUGUCUCGGGUUACCUCAACUUAGUGGAGGAGGAGAAAGUAAAGCCCUAUUGGUGUGUGUUAAAGAACCUCGCCCUCUCCUGCUGGUCCUCCAAAGAUGACAUGGAGGUCACGGAACCUCUGCUAGAAAUUCCUGUAACUAAGAAUACUCAGAUAAGUGAUUCGGAUCCCAGUAAAAGCUUAGAAACAGAGCACACAUUUCACAUCAUGACAAAACUGAGUGGGAACUCAUUGGAAUAUACAUUGGCAGCUGGAUCCAAAGAUGAACUGGGCAUGUGGUGGGAUGGUCUGCAGCAACAUUUGCUAGACCAAGCUCUCUGGAAGCAUGCCUGUGAUUUUCUCAUGGAGAUUAGAUCUCCAUCACCUCGCAAAAAACCAGCCUUCUUACGGAAAUCUUCCAUUUAUGAUGAUACUCCUCUAGCAGGCAAAGCCACGUCACGGCCCAGCAGCGUGGUGGGUGAACUACAGAAGGAGGAUGACCAGCUUAGUCAGAUGUUGAAUACCCUAAUGGGGGAGGCUAAGCAAAUCAGGGGAGAUAAACCUUACACCACAACAGUAUAGGGAACAAGAGUUACCUCUCUUUGACCAGAAACCCAUUCCUUACAGCCUACCAUGUUUGUGUUCAGCUGGAGAAGGUUUUGAUGAAGUGCUCUACAGAAUCAAAUAACCAGAACAAAUACUCUGUCCUGAAGUGCAAUCCAUUUCCUGCAGAGAAGAAGUUGUGACUGCAUACCCUAGUGCUAAUGUGUUAACAGUAUUUGAUAUGCAUAUUUCUGUCAACUGUGUGAGAGUGAAUGAAAGGAUAUUGUUAAGUGUUUGAAAUCGUGCAGAAAGGUGUGUUAUGAACUUAGUUAUCACUACGCUUUGGACCAAAGAAAUUUCAGUUGUAGAGUGGCAUUCCUUGUGAUCGUGUUAUUUGGUUUUUCUUGGUAGCGAUGUAAAUAACAGCACAUGGACUAGUCAGAUAACCGAAGUAAGGCAGCUUACCUCAUUUUUCUGUCAAAACUCGGAACACAGGAAUUUAAAAAGGAAACCUUUUUUUUUUUUUUUUUUUUUUUUUGGAAAAAUACAUCUGCAAAAAAAUUUGAUUUUUAACUGGAAAUCUUAACUGUCUUGGGUACAGAGUGUUUGUUUUAUAUCACCCAUUUACGUCUUUUUAGAACUAUUUUUCAAAACAUACAUAAAACAUUCAACUGCUUUUGGUUUUAGUGUACCAGUUUUAGACAGAUGUAAUUGUUUUAUUUGAUAUUUUUUGUGAAAUGCGAUGUAUUUAUAUUCUGGAUUGAACACCAGUCUGCGGUAAUAAGUUGUGACCUGCUGAUCCCAGGGGUCAGUGGCGUAGUGACCUGCUGACCUUAGGGGUCAGUGGUGUAGUAAUUCUCAGGUGUCCUGCCUUAGCCAUUUUGCAUUUGUCAUACUUUUGUUUACAUAUAACAACUGCAUUAUGAUUUACUUUGUGAAAUGCUUAUCUCUCUUCCUAAAUCUUUAUCUGGGAUCUUCCACUAUCUUCAUAUCUUCCAUUUUGUUGAAAAUAACCCAUUUUGAUUAAUUUAAUGUUCUAUGGACUAAAUAUAUAUAAUACCAACCAUAAAAUAAAAACAUUUAAAAAGUGUAAA